UGCGCGGUGAGGCCAAGGCGCCUAGGUGGGGCCCUUGCCUCAGGUGUCUACUGUCGGGCCUGACUCGGAUCUGAACGUUUGCGCCACCUACACUACGGUGGCAGACGCGGGCUAGGUGCUGAGGAGACAGCCUUUAGACUUACUUUAAAUCUGGAGUCCUCCUUGGGAAGCGGCGUACACCACCCGCCCUGCCCGCCGGCUCCUUGUGGUCCAGGUACAGCGCUGGGAACCGGUUCCCCAGGAACCGAAGACCUCGGGCGGCGUGGGCUGUGCGGUAUUACCGCCCCUCACGGAGUUUUGUUUUCUGCAUCAGGGAAACCCAGUCCUGCUGUCCAGGGAUUUGGCCGCUCUGAUCGACUCCCUGGAACCCAGAAGGAACCGGCCCUGUCCUGGGAUGUGUCGUGGGCCGGCCUGUGCUGACCCGGUCACGUCCCCGGUGUCGUCAUCCUGCGCCUCCGGGAAGCCCCACUUUCUCUUCCCCAAAUUCUGCGAAGGGGCGUGGAGCAACCACAGGCUUUCUCGCCCCUGAGACUGCUGUGGUUAGUACAUACCGGCGGCAAAGAUGCCUGGGAAAAGGUCCCUAAACGCCGCAGUCAUCCGGAGUGCCAAAAGGGAAAGGAAAGCAAUCACCCUCGACGUGAAGUUAGAAGUGUUAAGACGGUUUGAAGUGGGUGAGAAGCUCAGCCAGAUCGCAAAGGCCUUAGGCCUUGCUGCCUCUACAGUGGCGACCAUCAGAGAUAAUAAAGACAAAAUCAAAGCGAGUUCACAAAUAGCCACUCCUUUGAGAGCCUCCGGGUUGACUCGCCACCGAAGUGCAGUCAUGGAGACCAUGGAGCGGUUGUUGCGCUUGUGGCUUGAAGACCAGAGCCAGCGAAACGUGCCCCUGAGUGUCACCGUUAUUCAGAAGAAGGCCAAGAGUUUGUUUGAUGACUUACAGCGUGAGCAAGGUGAAAGCUCUCAAACAGAAAAGUUUACUGCAAGUAAAGGGUGGUUUGUGAGAUUCAAGGAACGCCACUGUUUGCCCCACUUCAAGAUGAACAUUGCAGCUCCUGCCAAGGAGGAUGAAUAUCCAGAAAUACUGAAGAGCAUCAUUCAGGAAGGUGAGUACACCCCCCAGCAAGUUUUUAAUGUGGAUGAGACAGGUCUUUAUUGGAAAAGACUGCCUGAAAGAACAUUUCUUUCAGUAGAAGAGAGAGCUCAGCCAGGAUUUAAAUCAUCCAAAGAUCGCUUGAUGCUGCUUCUUGGUGGCAACGCAGCUGGGGACUUCAAGUUGAAACCCCUAUUGGUGUACCACUCAGAAAACCCCAAGGCUCUGAAGGGGUACUCCAAGCCCAAUCUGCCCGUGAUUUGGCGCUCAAGCAGAAAGGCUUGGGCAACCAGGAGCAUCUUUCAGGAAUGGUUCACAUAUUUUUUUUGCCCUGCCAUUGAGAAAUACUGUGCCCAAAAUAACCUGACCAACAAAGCCCUGCUCAUCUUAGACAAGGCACCAUGCCACCCAGUCAAUCUGAGCGAUCUGUCUGAUAAUGUAAGAGUGGAGUAUCUUCAUGACAGCACAGCUGACUCGAUCCAGCCCAUGGGUCAAGGUGUAGCCUCUGCCUUCAGAGCUCAUUACCUGAGAAGGACUUUUGAGCACAUCCUAGAAGCAACAGAUGGGGAGGAUACAGCAGAGAUCAGGGAGUUCUGGAGAAACUACAGCAUCAUGGACGCUGUGGACAACAUUGCAGUAGCCUGGGGAGAGCUCAGACCAGCAACAAUGAACAGUGUGUGGAAGAAGAUUUGGCCUGAGUGUGUUCAUUUCCAGAGUGCUUCCCAAACAGAUGGCAUUGCACAGCUUCAACAAAAUAUUGUGAUCCUUGCCAAGAGUGUGGCUGUUGGAGAGGUGGGAGAAGCUGAUGUGGACCAGCUGCUGCAGUCCCACGAGGAGGGUCUCUCGAAUGAGGAGCUGAUGCAGCUGGAGCAGGAGCCCGCAGGAGAGGAGAAGGAGGGUGAAGAGGCUGCCCUUGCCCUGCGCCAACUAACCACACGGGAGCUGUCAGUAGCCUUCUCACAUUUUGAGGCCGGCUUGCAGGUCCUUACCAGUAACAGCCCUGAUGCCAUGUGGAAACAUCAAGUUUCAAGAGCAAUCAAUGAUGCAAUAAGCUGCUACAGGGAGCUGUACAGUGAGAAGGAGCGGUGCUCCAAACAGCUCUCCUAGGUGACCUCAGUGCACAACACACUCCAUGGCAGGAAGACCAGACACGACAGGGCAACCUCCUAGGUGACACCUGGCCAAGUCUUGGCUUCUAGAUGUUUAACAUCCUUGGAAACCCUGCUUCUGGUACAUUCAUUUUGACACUAAAGAGCAUCACAUCUUGUUACUGAAAUUGUGCUUAAAUAUGCGCUUUAAGAAGAUUGAAAGAAAAAUCCAGGAAAAGUUAUUUAAAACACACAAUGAAACACACUAUAAAACCUCUGAUUGAAUCAAGGAGGUACUCAAAUGUGUAGAAUACAAUAGAAAGUCUAGAAGUAGAUACAGAUAGGUUUUUUUUAAUAGUGCAGGACAGCUAGAUAAAAUUUGGCAAAAGCUAGUUAGUUCACACCUCACAGCAUACACAGGAAUAAACAAACAGACGAGGGAUCUAACUGUAAAAGCGGAAACAAUACAAAUGCUACACAACCCAUGGAUAUAUGCCUCUUCCCCAGGGGUGAUCAGGAAGAUCUUCUGUAACUCAAAGUCCAGGUGAAACUUAAGAUUAAUCAAUUUGAUAAUAUAAAAAUAUAAUAAAAUUUUUCCAUGAGGAUAAAAGAUAACAAAUAGAGUCAAAGGCAAAUGACACACCGGAAGAAAAUUUCUCACAGAUAAUGAGUUAAUAUCUCUGAUAUGUGAAGAACUCUUAAAGAUUGAGAAGAAAAUACCAAAAACCCCAUAGAAAAGUAGACAAAAGAUAUAAUUCAUAAGCAAGUAAAUUAGCUCUUCAAACAUAAGAGAAGUGCAGAUGAAACAACACUCAUACCAUUUCUCAUUAUUCAGAUCAGCAAUAAUCAAAAGUAUGGCUACACACUCCACUGGUUAGGCUGUGGGGUCACAGGCACCCUCAUUCACUGCUGGUGGGAACACAGACUGGUACAUCCCUUACAGAAGAGUAUCAAGCACUAAUACAAAAUAUAUUUAUUUUGAUUUAACAAUCCCACUUUUAGGAGGAUACACUUCCAACAAAAGAAAAUACAGAUGCAUGGAUUUUGUUGCAGCCUUGUUUGUAACUUCAAAACCUAGGAAAUAGCCUGAAGAGUCUCAUGUAAAAAGUCAAAUAUGAAAUGGUGCUUGUACACAAUGGCGAGUUAGACAGUUGUAAGUGAUGAUAACUACAAUAAUAGAACAAGGACGAACUUAACUGAUGUGGAGUGGUUUCCAGGAUAUAUUAUUAAUA